UUCGUCCACCUCACAAUCCGAUCCUCUCUCAUCACCUCCAAACACACAAAACUCCCAUCAGCUCAAACUUUUUCAAAACACAAACGCUCAAAAAUGGCAGCAACCGCCGCAACAACGUCGUCGUCUCAUCUUCUUCUCUCAAGCUCUCGUCACUUAGCAUCCUCAUCUCAGCCACGAAUCCUUUUCCAGAGAUCUCUGUUUUCCGGCGGGAAACGGGCUGGGAAAAACCAUCAUGCUGCUGGUGGAGUGAGGUGUAUGGCGGUUGCAGCGGAUGCUUCGGCGGAGGCUAAGCCGGCGGCGAGGAAGAAGAGUGGGUACGAGCUUCAGACGCUGACGGGUUGGUUGCUGAGACAAGAGCAGAAAGGAGAGAUAGAUACAGAGAUGACGAUAGUGAUGUCGAGCAUAGCGAUGGCUUGUAAGCAGAUCGCUUCGCUUGUACAGCGCGCCGGAAUCUCUAAUCUGACCGGCGUUCAAGGAGCUGUUAACAUUCAGGGAGAGGAUCAGAAGAAGCUUGACGUCGUCUCUAAUGAGGUGUUUUCAAACUGUUUGAGAUCUAGUGGAAGGACAGGGAUCAUUGCGUCAGAGGAAGAGGACGUCCCCGUAGCAGUUGAAGAGAGUUACUCCGGCAACUACAUUGUCGUCUUCGAUCCUCUCGACGGUUCCUCCAACAUCGACGCUGCAGUUUCCACCGGUUCAAUCUUCGGUAUCUACAGCCCCAAUGACGAGUGUAUCGUUGACGACUCCGACGAUAUAUCCGCUCUUGGGUCAGAAGAACAAAGGUGUAUAGUAAACGUGUGUCAACCAGGGAACAACUUGCUAGCAGCUGGCUACUGUAUGUACUCAAGCUCAGUCAUCUUCGUUCUCACCUUAGGCAAAGGCGUUUUCUCCUUCACACUCGACCCAAUGUACGGCGAGUUCGUCCUGACCCAAGAGAACAUUGAGAUCCCCAAAGCAGGGAAAAUCUACUCUUUCAACGAAGGGAACUACCAGAUGUGGGACGAGAAACUGAAGAAGUAUAUCGAUGAUCUCAAGGACCCUGGUCCAAGUGGGAAGCCUUACUCUGCAAGGUACAUUGGUAGUUUGGUCGGGGACUUUCACAGAACUUUGUUGUAUGGUGGGAUUUACGGGUACCCUCGUGACGCCAAGAGCAAAAACGGUAAGCUUAGGCUUUUAUAUGAGUGUGCACCGAUGAGUUUCAUCGUUGAACAAGCUGGAGGAAAAGGAUCAGAUGGUCACCAAAGAGUACUAGAUAUCCAACCCACCGAGAUACAUCAGAGGGUUCCACUUUACAUUGGAAGCAAAGACGAAGUAGAGAAGCUGGAGAAGUACUUGGCUUGAGUCAUGUACCAAACAUAAGCCUUUUGAUUUCUGUUGUAGCCAUUUGUCUGACUACAUGGCACACCCCAAUAGAUGCAAAAACGAUGAAAGUUCUAUUUUGUUAUAUAUAUGUCAAUAUAGACGCACAAGGCCAGUCCUGAGAUUUUGAA